UAUUUCCAUCCAGUUCCAUAAUAUUCUAUUCUAUUCUACUCUACAGGAGACAGCCGGCGCGGUGGCUCGCAGAAUUGCAGAUAAAGAAUGGCAGCAGCUGCUGCAGCUUCUCUGCUCCCUUCUUCCUCAACUUCUUCUCUUAUAACUCCCACUAAUAAUCUGUGCAAGUACGCAUUAAACUUUUCUCUCGUCCUUCUUCUAAUUUUUUUUAGCGCAUUUAGUUGUGCACUUAAGGUAACUACACAAGGAUAAGGAUGAUAUGUGAAUCCUGAACUCUGGAUGCAUUCUGCCGCCUGGCUGGACUCCCGUUUAUAUCAGCUGCUGAAGGGCUUCAUUACUUCUGCAGUUUACUGUCUUCCAUGUAAAAAUGUAAUGUUAAGCUCUACAUGGUCAGUACUCCUGGAGCGCCAUUCAGUCGUCAUUGUAGGCGACUUGCCACAAAUGGCCACAGUAAAGUGGAUGGAACAAAUCAAGAAGAUCGAUUGAUCACCUCUGGUGAUCAUAGUCCAACCAAUUUUGGAGAGUAUAUACAACCUUGAAAGACAGCUGGAUGGUUUAUUCGACGAAGUCAAAACUUUGAUAAGAUUGGGAAAGGAAAAUGAUGCCUUUGACCUACUUCAAGCAAAUUAUGUUGCUGUGAAACAACAGAUGGAUACUGGUGCUAGAGGCAUAGAAGAAGCUGCUAUUCUCGAUGUAAUUGCAUUGGGAUACAUGGCUCUAAGUGAAACAAGGAUGGUUGCAUCUGUGUUAGCUGUGGUAAAGCAAGUUGUUGAGGAAUUAAAAGAUGAUGAGCCUCUUCUGGAUUCGAUACUUUUACACAUGGGAAACAUGUAUGAGAAGGUGAAAAAGUUUGAAAUGGCCCUUUAUCAGUACAGGAGGGCCCUUAGAAUUAUGGAACAGAAAUAUGGAAAUAGUAGUACUUUCCUUGUCACUCCAAUGUUAGGCAUUGCAAAAGUUCUGGGUUCUACUGGAAGAGCCACGGAGUCAAUAGAGACAUAUCACCUGGUGAUUAAGAUAUUGGAAUCUGGAAGGGGCGUUGUAUGUGAGGAAUUGCUGUUGCCUUUGACUUCACUGGGCAAUCUUUUAUUAAAGGAAGGAAGGUCAUCUGAAGCCGAAAAUGUUUUCAAGAGAAUUUUAGACCAGUAUAUAAAGUUAUAUGGAGAAAAAGAUGGAAGAGUAGGAAUGGCUAUGUGUUCCCUAGCACAUGUAAAAUGUGCAACAGGUGAUGUACAUGAAGCCAUCGAUCUAUAUAAGGACGCUUUUCAAGUUCUGAAGCAUUCAAAGUCCAUAGCAUUAGAUGAUGAGCUGAUGGAGAAGAUGAGAAUAGACGUGGCAGAAUUACUUCAUGCAGUCGGAAGAGGAGAAGAAGGCAGGGUCCUUCUGGAGGAGUGCUUGUUGAUCACUGAGAAAUAUCAAGGGAAAGACCAUCCGAGCUGUGUCAUCCAUCUAAUGAACCUUGCUGCCUCCUAUUCACAGUUCAAAAAUUUUGCUGAGGCUGAACGCUUGCUUAGAAAAAGUCUGCAGAUUAUGAUGAAGACAGUACCUCCAGAUGAUCAGUCCAUCACCUUUCCGAUGUUGCAUCUGGCAGUUGUACUUUAUAAUCUGAAUCAAGAUGAAGAAGCUGAAAAAUUUGCCUUGAACGCUUUACAUAUCCGUGAAAAAGCAUUUGGAGAAGAAUCCCUACCAGUUGGGGAGGCUCUUGACUGUGUGGUCUCCAUUCAAACCCGAUUGGGGAGGGAUGAUAAAGAAAUACUCAAGCGGCUACAAAGGGUCUUGAAAAUUCAAGAGUUAGCUCUUGGCCAUGAUAGUAAAGAGGUUGUGGAGACAUUGAAAAAAGUAAUAUAUUAUUUGGACAAAUUGGAAAUGAGAUCUGAGAAGUUGCCUCUGCAGAGAAGAUUGUCUAGACUGAGACAGAAAUUGAAAGAAAUGGUUUAGUGGUAACAUGUGUUUAUCUUUGGUCAAAUUUCCUACUUUCCCUGCCUACUUCCCUCCACUGGAGGUUGGGAAGCUGCUCAUAUAUGGCAUUUCCACUGAAGAGAAUGAAUCAAGGUACCAAAUUUUAGAAAAUCAACUUUGUGCUCAUUUUGAUUGUUGCACAAUUUUUUUUAUUUCAAACUACUUUUGUUUGGAUAACUAUUCCCCAUUUUUUGGAGGACACAUGAAUGUAUUCAUUACAGACUCUGUUUGACUCGCCAUCAGUUAGUAACAGACGGCUUAAUACACAGACACGCACACACAUUCAUGUAUAUUCUUUUCUUGUUCAUAAAGUUCUAUGGCUUCCUCUUUUCUGAAAUGUCCUGUAACAGAGGGAUUUAGUGGAUUUGCUCAUCCUUCUGCUUUCCAAAUUAAGCCAAUGUGCGGAUAUGAUGGGUGAUUGUAAAGUAUCCAAAUUAGGCAUCGACGAGUAUUUGCACGAAGCAAAGAAACAACACAACAGAACGUUUCAAGCGUUUCUUGUUUUUCAUUUAAUCAUACUUGAUUGCUUUCUAAGCAUGCCACUUCAUUUACUUGGCUUUUGUGUUGCAUUAUACCUGUUACAGGAAGUGGACAAAAAUAGGAGCAGGACAUUUAGGGUGGCAAUUGCGAUCUAGAAGCAUGGAACACUACGACACACGACUGAGUCUCAUUGGUGGUAAGCGAGCGGCAUUGGUUGACUUUGCUCUUAGCAGUGCCAUUGCUACAGCCCACAUGGAUGAGAAUUGUCUAGUGGUGUUUUGGAGUUCAACAUGGAUGAGAAUUGAACUCGAGUAAUUCUGCAUCGAUAUUGUUACUGCUAAUAGGCUCUGAUCCACAGGAUUCUCCUCAAUGGGAUCCAUCCUUUGCGUCCUGCUGGUUCGCCUGGCACACGAUGGCUGGUUCGAGUACUUUUCACCGCGUCAUCCACAGCAGGUCCGUAUAAAAUCUAAUGAUCUGAUUGGUAGUAAAUUGAGUAGGUUUCCGGAAAUGGUAUGUCAGGUUUGUUUCCUUUUAAAAAAGUGUCAUCUGUAGCAGCUGCUCCGUGUAGAAAUUUGGUUGAUCUUAAUUAUAGGGAGAGAUUGAAGCGGGUAACUAGUUGGUAGAAUGAGCUCUUAAUUUAAUAUUUUAGGGUAAUUCGAGUUAAAAAGAUUGUUGGGUUGGCUUGUACUUCUGCAGCUCCCUUGUGUUGAAACUGAAUGGGCCAAUGUUCAAAAGUCAAAGUUUGCAUUUUAGACCGACCGAGGUCGUUGGUCUUCAAAAAUGCAUGCAUAGGUGCCGGCCACGCGGGGACUUCUUGACCAAUUCAUUUGUUAUCUGCUAGCAUGUCAUUCUCUGUAGCUCUUAAAUUGUCCUUUUUGCUAACAAAAAAUUUUUUUCUCUUUUUUUUUU